GUCAACUGUUUCUGCCUCAAUCGUGGUUCAUUCGUGUUCAUUCAACAUCUAGAAUAUCACCAUUGAAGGGCAUCAGAACCCCACCAUCGAUCAUCACAUCCCGUCCAGGUACCAAUAAACCGUCGGUACGAGUCCGAUUGAUAUCACAGUCGCCGUCACUCAACUCUUCUGGUCUUGGUUGAUCCCGCUUUGACUAUCCGCCAAUUCCUAUCUCAAAUCAAACUGCGCCUUGUUGUCCUUUCACAUUUCCAAAACCUCUCCUCGUCUCUUUCCAAGCCUGCAUACCCAGCAAGUACCUACCUAGGUACAGACCUACCUGCGAUAAUCUAUUUGAACCUCCAAUCUCCAGAAUCCUCGUCCAAUCCUGUCCAAUCUCAGAUCCUCCAUGGCUUCGAUCUAUUAGGCGCCGUUCGCUUGCAUUGGGUCCCCUCCAUAUCCCGCGAAUCACGUCCUCUAUCCUGCUACACGCUGCGCACAACCUCAACGCCGGCCUUGUCGAAAAGUUGCCCCUACCGAGUCAACAUUCAAUGCAGAGGAGAUAAGGUUGUUAGCGGCAAAAGAAGAACAAUCGAAAAGAUACGUCUGCUUCGGCAGCGUCAGCACCUUGCAAGAUUGUAAUAUCGUGGUGUGGUCCGACAUCCGAUCAGAUCCCUCGAGGCCCACCCAUCGUCGUCAGUGACGGUUCAAGCCUGGUGAGCCCACGCCGCCCAUCAGCUGCGGCCACUACUGCCAGGCUCUGACGCCGCACGCCAGACGCCAGGCCAGCUGCGGUCUGCCGCCUCGAGUCAUCUCCCUUCCCAUUUCUAAUUCAGGUCCCUACAAUCCUUCACAAUUCCUCCCCGAUCGCAAGCUGGCCCUGCAAAGGGACCAGUCUCUGUCCACCCCAAUACCCUCUUGGCAGCCAACGCCGCGGUCUACGCAAUGAUGAACGGAACUGACCUCAAAAACGCCGUUCUGAAUCCCGCGAAGAAAGUUGCGACAACUGCGGCCGUCGCUGCAAACAACAGUAACGGCCAGAAGAAACGGCGGAAAGGCGACAACCUCAAACCCAUCAUCACCACUGAAAACGCGUCUUCGAAUCUUCACGACAGCCCCACCCAAUUAGAGGCAGAAAACAUGGAUUCUCCUCUACCUCACGGAAAGGUCGCAGCAAAUAAUAACUCACAUUCUCACAGAUCACCCUUAUCGUCCACGUCUGAAGAGGACCCCGCCGAAACCACGGCCGACGAAGAAGACUCCGAAGACUACUGCAAGGGUGGUUACCACCCUGUGCAUGUAGGCGAAACAUAUAACAAUGGUCGAUAUGUCGUGGUCCGAAAGUUGGGAUGGGGUCAUUUUUCCACAGUCUGGCUCUCGAGAGAUACAACCACUGGCAAACAUGUCGCCUUGAAAGUCGUCAGAUCGGCGGCGCAUUACACAGAGACGGCUAUCGAUGAAAUCAAGCUGCUAAACAAGGUCAAUCAGGCCAACCCCAACCAUCCCGGUCGACGAUACGUCGUCAGUCUCCUCGAUUCCUUCGAACACAAGGGUCCCAACGGUGUCCACGUUUGUAUGGUCUUCGAAGUAUUAGGAGAAAAUUUACUGGGCCUGAUCAAGAGGUGGAACCACCGUGGUAUCCCAAUGCCUUUGGUCAAACAAAUCACCAAACAAGUCCUUCUGGGCCUGGACUAUUUGCACCGCGAAUGCGGCAUCAUCCACACAGAUCUCAAGCCCGAAAACGUUCUGAUUGAGAUCGGAGAUGUCGAACAAAUUGUCAAAGCGUUUGUCAAGGAUGAAAAGGAUUCAACCAAAGAUGAUAACAGAAAUGGCCGGAGGCGAAGGCGGACUUUGAUCACCGGCAGCCAACCUCUCCCAAGUCCUCUCAAUGCCAGCUUUACAAAUCUCGAUAAAAUGGGCAACACGCACCUUCAUCAAACGAGCAGUUUGAACCAGGUCCUCAACGACUCGGCCUCCAGCAGACCAGCAGAGAGCCUGUCGAUGCUCGAGCAAUUGAGGAUGAGAUCGAAGGAGGGUACGGACAGUGAAGAAUCGUCAAAGACCAGAGAAGGGACGGCAGAUCCCCUGGAGAAGGAUCUGGCUGGUGUCUCGCUUGACAGCAAAAAGACUAGCGACGCAGAGAAAGUGUUGAAGGCCGCAAAGAACCAAGAUGAACCUGCAAGCGAAAUUAUCUCGGUCAAGAUUGCUGAUCUGGGAAACGCCUGCUGGGUGAAUCAUCAUUUCACAAACGAUAUCCAGACUCGACAGUACCGAUCACCGGAAGUCAUACUCGGGGCGAAGUGGGGUGCAAGUACAGAUGUCUGGAGUAUGGCGUGCAUGGUGUUCGAGCUGAUUACUGGUGACUACCUGUUCGACCCUCAAUCUGGUACAAAAUACGGCAAGGACGACGAUCAUAUAGCACAAAUCAUCGAACUGCUCGGGCCGUUUCCAAAGUCUUUGUGUCUUUCUGGUAAAUGGUCACAAGAGAUUUUCAAUCGGAAAGGCGAGUUGCGCAACAUCCACCGAUUACGACACUGGGCCCUUCCCGAUGUGCUUCGGGAAAAGUAUCACUUCUCUGUGGAAGACGCGAAAAAGAUCGCCGAUUUCCUGAUCCCAAUGCUAGAGUUGCCGCCCGAGGCGCGGGCGAAUGCCGGUGGGAUGACGAACUCGGAGUUUCUGAAAGCCACAAAAGGCAUGGAUGCUGUCUCGCUGGAUAUCACUGUGGGUAGUAAAGGCGAGGGCAUCGAAGGUUGGGCUACGGAAAUCAAGAAACGAUGAUAUGUGUCUAUGGUAUGGGUUCAGCUUUUUGGGGGAGACCGGCCAGGAUCUUGUGAACGAAUGAUAAAGACAAAUCAGGAGCAACGGGGCAGAAUACCCCGUCAUUGUCGUUCAAUGUCAGGUACAGAAAUACAUGGAGCGAAUGACCUUGAUGGGAUGGCUGGAAUUCUUACGGAUGAAUUAACGAAUCGAGCUAGUGCUGGUUUAUAUGUUCAUAUGUCCGCCGGUCUUGCCGUUACAAGGGACUUCUUGCAUGGUUGUGGCCCAGAAAUGACAUGACAAUAGAUGGAGUAGGUACGGAUAUAUUGUCGCGAUUCCAUACGGCGGCAGCAGUCCAGCUUGGACGCGUGAACGGACAAUAUGCUGUCUCCAUGACUUGGUACUUCGAAAGCGAUUCACGCAUUGUUGUCCGAAGCUCGCAUCGAGGCGAUGAUCCCUUCGACGCCAGCGAAGUUGAGUUCAUGCAUCGUUUCAGUCCAGAUGACGUCCAUCAACGUGUUUCCGUCGGUAUAGUACCAGCGAGCGAGUCUGUCGUCGAGAGAGGAGAUUGUCAGUUAGAACAUGAUGAAACCCGGGGCCGACACCGGAAGUACCAGUAACUAAGGAGAUGGGGAUGGGAAUGAGGUCUUGUGCCGUGGGUGGCAUCAGACUUACGGUGCGAUCUUGCAGUUCAUGAGGAAACAACCAUGCGACUCCUUCCCGUGCGCCAACACGGCGUCGACGUAUGUGGCAGCGCCCCUAUUGACGGGCCUCCCUGCGAUGGACAGGACCACUUUCAUCGCGACGCCAUAGGCACCUUUGGCAUCUCGCGCUAGCCCGGUUCCUUUUGUCAGGCCCGGAUCAACCAUGUUGAUGAUUACGUCGUCGGGGCUGAUGAGCUCUGUGAGUUUGACGGUGGCCAGUUGGUUGAGUAACUUGGACACGCCGUAUCGUUCCGUGGCAUCGUAUGUAGCUGGGUCGUUAAAGCUGGGCAGGAGCGGACGUUGGGCCUUGUUCGGAAAUUUGGCUAGAUGCGCUGUGACGGAGUUGACAAGUGUGAGGACUGGAGGACGCUGAUGCUGAUUGUGGCCAUUGCCGCCGGCCACCGCCAACUUGUGCUUGGACGAAGACAGGAUCGGGAGUAACAGAAUGGUCAGCAGCAGUGUGCUGAUGUGGUUGACCUGGAUGGUCAGUUCGUGCCCUGUGGCACGGCUGGUUGCGAAUUUGAGCCGCGCGACCCCCGCGUUCAAGAUGACCAUGUCGAUGCGUGUGGGCAGGUCGGCGCACUUGCGCGCGAAGGUCUGGAUCGAGUCGUAGGAUUCCAUGUCCAGGUGCCAUACGUCGAUCUUUGCAGAGGGAGAUGCCGCACGGAGUUUGUUG